AUGUUAAAUAAAUCAAGUAAUUUACUAAUUAAUCAUUAUUUUGGAAACAAUGCAGAAAAAAAAAUAUCCACAGAUUCAUUAAAGAAGCUAUCUCAUGCUAUAGCAUUCCUCUUCCCUAAUGAAAGUAAAGAAACAUAUUAUACCCUCUACAAAAAAUUAUCAAAUAAACUUACUCCUGCUCAUGGGAAAUUAUGGGAUAAAUACUGUAAUAUGCGAAAGGAAAUCAGAAAUAGCACGAAGCAAUCGGAUGGUAUAAGAAAUGAAUUGGAUACAAUAGGUAAAGAACAAUUAGCCAUAAAUAAUAAAGGUAUCCAUACUAGUAUAAUUAUGGCUUAG